AUGUCCGGUCAUUUUUUCAACGCGGAAAGUUUAGGUGCUCUUGCUUUUGCGCGUUUGCACAAAGCUCUUGCAGUAGCGUACAUGCGACGUAAGCUACGUCGUGCGCCACACAAAGCACCUGAAGAAGACGAUGAGUUUGAGCCGAUUCAGCUUCGUCGAAAUGAUUCUGUGGCAACAGGAAUUGAUGGUCUUAUUGGCAAUACGCCGUUGUUACGCAUUAAGAGUCUUUCUGAUCUUACCGGCUGUGAAAUUCUUGGCAAGGCCGAAUUCUUGAAUCCCGGUGGCAGCCCUAAAGAUCGUGUGGCUUUGCAAAUUAUCCAGGAAGCAGAAGAAAGUGGGGAACUUGUCCCAAAUAUGGGCUCUUGGAUCUUUGAAGGCACUGUUGGCUCCACUGGUAUCUCUCUUGCCACGUUAGCGCGUGCCAAAGGCUAUAAUUGCUGCAUCGUUGUGCCUGACGAUGUGGCAGAAGAGAAGGCUGUCUUGCUUCGUCGUCUCGGAGCUACUGUUGAAUUGGUGCGACCGCGCGGUAUUGUCGACCCACGUCACUUCGUAAAUGAAGCUCGUGCUCGUGCUCAAAACUGGAAACCUGAUGAAAACGAACCUUACGCUACGGCUUUCUUUGCUGAUCAAUUUGAAACGGAAGCCAAUUUUUAUGCGCAUUAUCAGCAUACUGGUCCCGAAAUCUGGAAGCAAACCAAUGGAGAACUUGAUGCUUUUGUGUCCGGGACGGGCACAGGCGGUACACUAUCCGGCGUGGCAACCUUCCUCAAGGAGACCGCGAAAGUACAGGGCCGGCGCCACUCUCCUCUUAUUGUAGUGGCUGAUCCACCGGGGUCGGGUGUCUACAAUCGCAUCAAAUUUGGCGUGAUGUACAAUUCGACCGAGGCCGAAGGCACACGACGCCGCUAUCAAGUGGAUACUGUCGUGGAAGGUAUUGGGUUGAAUCGAUUGACUCACAACCUUGAACUUGGCUUGCCAGUGAUUGACACAGCUGAGCAUGUAACGGAUGAUGAGGCCGUUCGCAUGUCACGCUGGCUUGCAAAGCAUGACGGCCUGUUCCUCGGCUCAUCGUCUGCUGUCCACUGUGUUGCAGCCGUGCGCACAGCAUUACGCUUGAAGAAAGAUGACUCGCUGCGCACCCACCGUGACCGACCCAUCAUCGUAACUAUUCUCGCUGAUUCAGGCACACGCCAUCUCUCGAAGUUUCAAAAUGACGAUGUCAUGCAAGCCCGAGGACUCCGUGUCGAUGAUGACAUUUCUGAUAUCCUUCAAGGAUAA